AUGAAAUCGAAAUAUGACACUUCUCAGUUUGACAGAGGAGUGGAUGUUUCGGCUAUAGGUUGCGGCGACAGAGUACACGCAUUUGAGGAAGAAAAGAACUGUGGCACUUCAAGGGCCGCGAAUUUGGCUAGUUAUGGAUUGAGUAAGGACUGCAAAGGCGGAGAGGCAAACAUGCGUCAGCCGGGAGUCGAACCCGGGUCGCCUGCUUGGAAGGCAGGUAUCCUAACCCACGCUGAAGCAUUUGAAUUUGGUGAGAAUGCCGUAGCACAGUGGCAACACUGUCAUUUGAACUGUUUCUUACCGUAUCGCGGCAUUUUGGCAUGGGACCCACCUUGCACGGCCCCUGAUAUCGAUAGCCGAGAAACAUGGCGUGAUACACCUUCUACUGUUCGCGCCUGCAGAAAAAAGCGCUUCUUUGCCAAAGCAGCCGUAACCGGGGCCUUUGCUUCACCUUAUGGGGAUGAGGGCGAAGAGGAGACGCCCUGGAGACAGGCCAACUUGGGACUCUCCGGCACAACUUUAUCGCCUUCUGCGCACUUACUGCUGCUCCUUUGUCUUGUAUGUAGACCCCCAUUCCCCACGGUUUCUCGAGGGAAUUUCUUCUUUCUUAACCCAGCUGAUGCAGAGGCCUCCCGCUGUUUCCAUUCCCGGGAGACAGCUAACAUUGGGGCCCCGGCGGGUGCGGCGUGCUGGCCUCAUUUUUUUCGUGCUGGUUUUCCUGCCUCUGGGCCCGGGGGCAUCGCCAGAGUGGCUGACGGUCACUGCGCCUCUUCGCUACACGCAUCUGUCGACACGACUACGAAACCUUCGCACCCUGCAGCAGAAGGGGGUCUAAGUGGGGAGUCAACAAGAAAGGCCCACACGCAGCCGCGUCCCCCCGCCAAAUUUGUUGCUGAGGAGCACUUUCUUCAUGAGCUGCUCACGAGGAUCUUUACGCUGCAUCUGCGCAUGCAGGACUUGCUGCAGUACCAACAACAACAAUCGGUGCAGCUCCGUUCCGAAGAUUCUGCAGUUUCUCUUCCCACGCUGCACCUUUACGAGAAAAAAGAUGGAUCUUGCGUGGCUGCAGCAGACAUUGUUGCCCAGGUGUUCAUCCUAGCGUCUUUGAGGGCACGGUUCCCUGACGACGUAUGCAUAGCUGAAGAGACAGCUGACUUGUUUUCCCCUCUGCUGCCUGAAGGGGCCUUUCUCAGGGGCCCUGCAGCGAGCAAGAGGGGUCCAGGGCAGCAGCUGGUGUCCGACGUUCAAACUGCAGUACAGACAGCGGCUGAGCAGCUCUUUAAGGAGUUGCGGCUUCCAGAAAAGCUUCUCACGGAGAAUGGGGCCUCACCUGCAUCGAUAAAUAGAAACGCCUUCACAGAUAGAGGGCAUUAUGCUUCUGCAGCCACAUUGGAGGCCUCGGGGCCCCCUGUCUCGACAGUACUCCUUGCGACAAGAGGGGCACCCUGGCACUUACUCCGGGAGGUCGUCUGGCUGCUCGCUAAGGGAUCGCCCCAACACCUUCUUGCCCUGUUACGCGAAGGAUUUCAGGAAGGCCUUGCACCAGAAGCAGUAGAACGGGCAGCGUGCCUGCGAAGAGCAGCGGCUGCCACAACAAUGGAAGGCCGCGAGCACCUAAAGGUUUCCUCGGCAGUAAGUGAUGCUGAGGAACCGCAAGGAGGCUGGGCUACAGCUCUUUUACUACGAGGACUGCAGCGGUUGCUGUGUCGCCCUGGGGCCUUUCUUUCAGAGCAAGCAGCAAUUGCUUCCCCUGAAACAGGAGCAGCAGCAUCCGUCACAUCAAGAGCACCAGCUGCAGGAGAAACACAGGGGCCAAGGGGUUUGCGGUGCUGGUUGAUCGAUCCCAUAGACGGCACACGGGCCUUCUUUGAGGAACAGAAGCACCACUGCUUCUCAACGGCGGUUGCACUGCUGGUGAGUCGGGAGCAGGGGCACACAGCAGGCGAGCUACCUAAAGUGGUGCUCGCGUCCAUUUGUUGCCCCUCGUAUGACCUCUGGAAUAGCUGCCGAGGCAGCAAUAUGCUGCCUUUGUGUUCACCCGGAACGUCAAAGAGCCCUGCACCAGCCGACAAGAGCGGCACUCCUACAGACAGUGCUGCUGACGCCGCGCCUUCUGAUCCUGAAAGCGGCAUCAGGACCCUCCUCAGGGGUCACUCCAACGCGAGGGAAGGUGCUAUCGCCGGCGUAGGGGCUGAAAACAAUGAAGAGAGGCCCUUGCUCUGCGCGGAACGCCUUAGGGGCUGCGUCCUUACGAAGGCUGAGGACCUUCCCGCGAGGCUCACUGUCCGAGAUAUUCGCUCUGGGGCCUUACUACAGCUUGUGCAGCAGCAGGAAGAAGAGGAGGUUCAAGGGCAGCAACAGCAAGCUGCUCCACUGCAGCCAGUAGCAGGCAGUACCACAGGCGAUUGGCCUUGGUGCAUAAAUCAUGGCCAUCGUGGGGCUCGUCUGCCUGCUGCGGCAACUGGAGCAGCAACUCCAGAAAAACCCUCACAGUCGGCAGCAAACGCUUCUUCCGUCCCAUUUAGGUGGACUGUCUCUACGCCGAACUACGAGCGAAUGCAUAGCUUGCUGCAGGAGCACCUGUCCUCCCCUUUAGGGGGGCCUGCACCUUCAUGGACAGUGCCCCCUGAGGAGCACCCUCUAGAGGACUUCGGGUCUGGACGGUUGUAUGCGAUGCCUUAUGUGCCUUAUAGUAAAAUACCUCCAGAGGGCCUGGCCACUCCGACGAAGGGUGAUUCAUCUUCAAGCCGUGUGCCGAACAACCUGUCGGAUCGGCGUUUAGCGAGAGACGCCCCGUCGGGGAGGGCCUCUAAGGGCCAACAGUUUCUGGCACUCAGGUGCGGGCACAUUGUGAAGUACCUCGCAGUGGCCUUAGGCCAUGCAGACGCCUUCCUGUUACUUCCCACUCGCUACCAGAGAAAGCUCCCUGUGGGGCCUGCUGCUGGCUGUUUAAGCGCUCACACUGCGCAUCUAGUGCAGCCACAAGCCAGAGCUCAUGACUCGUUUGACGGGCUCUCACCUGCACACCCAAGCCCCCAGGGGGAAGAGGCCACUGGGAGAAAAGACGGGGCCUCUGUGGCUUGUGGGAGGCCUCUGCUCAUGGUGUGGGACCAUGCAGCUGGCGCUGCUAUUGUCGAGAUGUUAGGAGGCGUUGUCUUAGAUUCUGCGUGGCAGCGUGUACAGAGCUACUGCUACCUGCCCCCUAAGUCUCCUUCGGAUGUGGCCAGCCGCUCCCCUGAGGCCUCCGCACAAGGGUGGCAAGCCACCACUGCAGCGCGUGCAGCUGGGAGUCCGCAAUCGGGGGCCCUUCUGACCUCAUUCUUGAGAACCAACCCAUUGCCUCUUCAGGAGACCGCGCUGCCCCCAGUGGCCUUCGCACUCAGGGGUGAGGCUCUUGUCGCCGCUCGUAACCCGCAGGCGGCGGCCAGGGCGUUUGCGGCGCUGGGAGCACUGAAGAACUCUUACUAA